UGUUCCAACAAGCAGCUGCUCUACACUCACAGAGCAUUCAUAGCCAAUACCCCAAGCUUACGCUUUCCUGUUCAUGGUGUAAAGUGACAAGUGCUAAAGCUGUUAAAUACAGCAGCCUAGGCAUCCAUGGAUUUUGGUUUAUCUUUUCUAUAGUCGCAAAGAUGGAGCACCUGGGAGCACACCUUGCAUUUAAGUCACGUUGGCACAAGACAGAUGAAGAACUCUGCAGGCACAGCACGUCCUUUGUUCUUCACAAGGCCAUAAGAAAUGAUUUCUUUGCGAGCUAUCUCUAUUUGUUAGAAAAAUAUCCACUGGUGAAACUAUUUGCUAUGACAAGCGAAGUGAUUGAUGGGGAGAUGCAGUUUUAUAUUAGAGCACGAAACUUCUACAAGGAUGUUCCUGCAACAGAUGAAGGAAUGAUGGGAGAUUUUUCUGACCUCUCCAAUAUCGACAUAGAAUCAUCAAGAGAAUUUCUGAGGAAAUUUGUUGGGGGACCUGGAAAAGCUGGUACAGGAUAUGCUCUUGAUUGUGGCUCGGGAAUUGGAAGAGUGAGUAAAAAUGUCCUUUUACCAGUUUUCAAUACUAUUGAACUGGUGGAUAUGACGGAGCCUUUCCUAGAAGAAGCCCAAAACUAUCUAGAAGAAGAAGCAGACCAUGUUGAAACUCUUUAUUGCUACUGUCUACAAGACUUCAUUCCCACCCCAAGAAAGUAUGAUGUAAUCUGGAUGCAGUGGGUUUCAGGUCACUUGACUGACAGAGAUCUCUUGAUAUUCCUCCUACGCUGCAAAAAUGCUUUGAAAGAAAAUGGUGUCAUAAUAAUAAAAGAUAAUGUAAGCAGGCAAGGUUGUCGGCUGGAUCCUCUUGACAGCAGUGUGAUUAGAGAAAUUAACGUAUUAAGAAACAUCGUUGAGAGAGCCGGGAUGGCCAUCCUUGCAGAAGAGAGACAAAGAGGUUUUCCAGAACUCUGUGUUCCAAUAUGGAUGAUUGCAAUCCAAUAGUCAUUUCACUUCAUUGCAUUGUUUGCUAUGAGAAGUAUUCCUUUCACUCCUCAUUUGGGGUUUCAUUCUAUCAGUAUUUUAUCAUCCAACAUUUGUGGCUAGCCUGCAUUUACUUUAUUGGUUUUAUUCUAUGUCAUUUUGUGGUAGCAUUUAAUACUGCUUUAAAGGGUCACUAAAGGAUUUUUUUUUUUAAAUAACAAACAUGUUUCACUUACCUCCACU